AUGCGGAUUGAGCGAGCGGCGGACGCGGCGGCAGCGGAGAAAGCGGCCCUGCCUGCCCCCUUCCCUGCGGGUCUGCCCAGGCAGCGGCAGGAUGGGCACCCGGCACCGGCGACCAAGGGCUGUGGGUGCUGCCAGCGCGGCAGGCGCCCCUGGCUCGACCCCGAGCGGUUGAAGCGGGCCAGGCUGCACGUGGAGAGGGCCGUGGAGCAAAAGAAGAUCUUUGCGCUGCAAGGCCCCUACCCGGUGAUCCGGAGGCUGCUGCGAGCCCGCGGCUGGGUGGAGAAGAAGCUCUCCUGGGCGCACAAGGCAGGGCGCGGGCACCAGCGCCUUCCCGGCGGCGAGGAGGAGGGCGAUGGUGGUGCUGCCGAGGAAGGUGCCCGCCCUGAGGUGCCCGCCCUGAGGUGCCCGCCGUGGUGGGGAUGCGCCGGGCUUGGCCGACUCCGACCUUCCCCAGACGAGGAGGAGGAGGAGGAGCAGGAUGAGGACCCCAGUGGCACCUACAACCUCAUGUCCCAGCUGCUCCGAAACCAGCUGCCUUAUUUCAUCUGGACCAGCCGCCGCGACGCCGUCGACAGCCGCUCGCUGCGCAAGGACCAGGUGCUGAACCACUUCGCCCAGGCGGGCUCCUUCACCACCAAGGCCGGGCUCUGUCUCAACCUGCGAAACCUGCACUGGUUUGACCAGGCCGACGUGGACGCCUUCUUCCCGCGCUGCUACCGGCUGGGCACCGCCGAGGAGAAGCAAGCCUUCAUCGAGGAUUUCCAGCUCACCGCCGCUCGCGGCCUCCUCAAAGUGGCACUGCAGCGGGCGCAGGGGCCGGAGCAGCCCCCGAAGCCCAGCGCGACGCCGGGUGAGUGCCUGCGCUGGGCUGGUCCUCGGAGCCGCCUGCCCGCCCGGCUGCUGGAGGAGGCCCUGCGGGCGUGCGGCGAGCACCUGAGCAGCCUGCGGCACCAGGACAUCGACGGGGAGCCCCCGCACGCCGGCGGCGCUUGCUGGGACCGGUUCCUGCAGGGCUACUACCGCGUGGUGCACGAGGGUGCCGCGCUGGAGGCGCCCGGGGCGCUGCUGGAGCACAGCCGGGCGACGCUGCGGCACCUGGCAGCGCUGCUCCCGCAGCUGGACAUGGAGGGCGACCGCAACAUCUGGAUCGUGAAGCCCGGGGCCAAGUCCCGGGGCAGAGGUAGGGAGCGGGGGGGCGAGGUGCCGCCGGGACGCUGCCCGGCGCCGCUCCGGCACGGCGGCCGCUGCCGCGCAGGGAUCGUCUGCCUGGCCCGCCUGGAGGAGGUGCUGCGGCUGGUGGACUGCAACCCGCUGCUGGCCAAGGAGGGCAAGUGGGUGGUGCAGAAGUACGUGGAGCGGCCCCUCCUCAUCUUCGGCACCAAGUUCGACGUGCGCCAGUGGUUCCUGGUGACCGACUGGAACCCGCUGACCGUCUGGUUCUACCGCGACAGCUACCUGCGCUUCUCCAGCCAGCCCUUCUCCCUGCAGAGCCUGGACGCCGCCGUCCACCUCUGCAACAACUCCGUCCAGCGGCGCUACGAGAACGCGCGGGGCCGCCCCCCCCAGCUGCCCGCCGACAACAUGUGGUCCUCCCAGCAGUUCCAGGCCUACCUGGAGCAGCUGGGGCAGGCGCGCGCCUGGCCCGACGUCAUGGUGCCCGGCAUGAAGGCGGCCAUCGUGCACGCCGUGCAGGCCUCGCAGGACCUGGUGCAGUCCCGCAAGGGCAGCUUCGAGCUCUACGGGGCCGACUUUGUCUUCGGGGAGGACUUCCAGCCCUGGCUGCUGGAGAUCAACGCCAGCCCCACCAUGGCCGCCUCCACGGCGGUCACCAGCCGGCUGUGCGCCGGCGUCCAGCGGGACACGCUCCGCGUGGUCAUCGACCGCAAGGCUGACCGCAACUGUCCCACGGGCGCCUUUGAGCUCAUCUACAAGCAGGCGCCGGUGGCCGUGCCCCACUACGUGGGCAUGAAGUUCCUGGUGGAAGGCUCCCCGCUGGGCAAGCCACGGGGCAGCCCCCGGCCCCCCGCAGCCAGCGCGCCCCACGCGGCGGCUCACCAGUACGUGGUGGGGAAGCGGCCGCUGCUGCGGGCCUGGGCGAAGAAGCGCUGGAGGCGCUCGGUGGUGCGGCGGCAGCUGGACAGGAGGACGAGGCCGGAGCUCUCCCUGCGGGAAGCAGGGCAGCCAACCCCGUUCCCACCCCCACGCGUGUCCCCGCCGCAGCUCCCUGCACACCCACGCGUGUCCCUGCCCCACGUGUCCCCGUUCCCGCUCCAACGCGCGUCCCUGCCGCAGCUCCCCGCUCACCCACGCGUGUUCCCACCCCACGCGAUCCCUUCCGCACCCCACGCGUGUCCCCACCCCACGUGUCCCCGUUCCCGCCCCCACGCGCGUCCCUGCCGCAGCCCUCCGCUCACCCACGCCCGUCUCCGCCCCACGUGCACCGCCCCCACCGCACGCACGUCCCCGCCGCAGCUCCCGCACACCCACGCGCGUCCCCGCCCCACGUGCCCCCGCCCCACGCGCGCCCCCGCUGACCCUGCGGCGCGCGUCAGCACGCGCACGGCGCUUCCCCCCGCCAUGGCGCCACUGCGCCUGCGCGGCGGCUGGCCCGAGAGGCCAAGCCCGCAGCGGCCAUAG